AGUCCCUAUCUCAUUGUUCAAGAUGUUUAUAGAUCAUUGAAGGCAAUUUUAUGUCCGUGUUGUAGAACCAGCUUGGUUUGAUCACACUAUUUCAUGAUGAGAAGGUUGCAGUCUGUACUUGAGAGUUCUUGUAGCUUUCUAGAGGUGUAUUAGUUAUAUUUUUCAGAAUGGUAUUUUAUUGUGGGUUCUGUAGGUUUCGGUAUAGUCUCCUUGUGGCCUGUGAUAUAAUUCAGCCUUUGGAGCUUAGUGGGUUGUAUGUUUGUGUAGUAUGUUUGUAUUCUAAGCCGGUUUGACUAUUCUCCAUUUUUAAUAUUACAUCCAGAUAACCAAAAGAGACUAUAAUCGCGUCUGUUCAUUUAGAUAACUUCUGGAAAUGGGAGGCUCGUGCCAGAAAAAAAAAACAGUGUAGUUAAUGGAAUGUUCUUAUCGUACGUAAUUGUCUAUUUUUAUCGUUAAAUAAACUUAUGUUGCCAAAAUAACGUUCUAUUAAUUUUUUUUUUGGGGGUCAAAUAUAUGUAAUAGUACGUUCUACUAAUUAAAAUUCGAUAACUACAAGUUCAAUGUUGAGUCUCAAACAAUCACUUAAACAUAAAAAUGCAAUAGAUAGUUCCACUUCUAUUGCAUAUAUUUGGAAGCAUGUGAUAUUUCAUAUUACUAAUGUUAUAUGUUCUGAUUUUAAGUUUGGAAAGAUUUUCAAAUUUUUCCUAUAAUUGGAAAAAAAAACAUGACAACACGUUAAUCAACUGCAAGCUUAUGAACUAUCUAUCACAUUGUCACAUAAACAUAGAAAUUAAAACCUGGUUAAAUAAACUAAUAAUUCUCUUUAUUCUUCUAGUGUAAAGUGGUAGACGUUGUAGUUGUUAAGCCUGUUCGAUCAAAGCAGCUUGAACGACUUGCUAUAAUGUUGUUGUUGUGUAAUUUGUACGUAAGGUGAAAAGAAGAAUGAUCAACGGUUGAGUUUGUAAUCACAGAAACUGAAAUAGACACUAAUGCAGACAAAAAAAAAUUGUUUGCUUACUCCUGCGACAGACCGUUCAAGUUAAUUUUUUUUUUAAUAACAAGCACAAUCUAAUUUUAUAAUAUAUACAUUUUACUGUGAACAGCCAUAUUAAAGAACAAAACAUAUUGAAGCAAAUAUAUGUUAAAGGUUUCUAAUUAAUUCACGAGUUUCUUAUUAUUGUGUGAAUAAAUAAUUUUACAAAUCUUUAGACCCAUAUUUAUAACAGCCUCAGAAUUCGAUUUUAUUUUUCCUUAAAAAAAACAUAUUUAUCUAGAAAAAGUAAAUUUCUUAAACCUAGCAGCUUUAAAACCCGAUUUCCUUCGUCCGACCCACGAAUGUUAAAUUUUUACUGGUGCACAGAGAUUCAAGACACACAGAUUCAACACAUUUAUUUACGUGUAUGACAAGUGAGCCUUAAAACUAUCACUAUGAUUGAAGAUGAAAUAGUUGUUUAUUGGAUGGUAGCAUCCCCUAGACUAUAUUUGAGAAGUGAUUUUUAAAAAUUUGCUUACAUGUCAUCUCUACAAAGACUCUCACAAAAAAAAAGAUGACAUGGCACACUUAAAUAGAUGACAUGGCUUAUGAAAAAGAUGACAUGGCUUGUGAAUACUUAAAACUAUAACAUUAUUCUCCGAAGAAAAACUAUAUGGAAAAUAUAUGAUUCCUAUAUUCAAUCAAUAUGGAAAAUAUAUUAUUCAUAUAUUCAAUGACGUGAAUUCAAAGACGUGAAUGCUAUAUAUAUAUAUCAUUCAUAUUACCUUGCAAUAAUUAUUUAACAAAAAGCUUUAGGCCAUGUCGUCUCACACACCUAAAAAAAAUUCUUCUUCUCUUUUGACCAACACUUAUUCAGCUGAGGAAAAACUCAAACCCCUGCAGGUUCCUAUCGACGAUGAUAAAGAAUACAUCGAAGCUAUUAAAGAAGCAAGUUUUUGGUGUUCAGCAAAGUGUCUUCGUCAACUGUUUUGUACAAUGUUGCUUUCAAAUAAUACCAUAACUCCAGAAAACAUAUGGAAUGCUACUUGGAAAAUACUAUCAACAGAUAUAUCAUGCAACGAAAGGAAAAAAAUGGAUGAUACAAAUUUAAAUUUCUCAGAAGAUCAAAUUAAGAGUUUAGCUUUGGCGGAUAUCAAAUCACUCAUGCGUAUCAAUGGAAGCUAUGCGUAUCAAUGGAAGCUCCUUGACAAUAUUUAAGAUUUGAAAUGCCUUAUCAAUAAUAUAAUCUCCGUCUAUUGUUAAACGGUGGCUUUGAUUGCAAUUCUAUUUAUCUUUUAUGUUGUAUUUUAUUAAUAUUAAUUUAAAAUAUGUUAUUAUAAUUAAAUAACAAAGGCAUUUUUGUUCAAUACUUAAUAAUCUUUUGAUACCCUUCAUAUAUACAAUUUUUUCAUUAGGCGUUUUCCUUGGUCUUCUAAACUACAAAUUCUAGAACCUUGAAAUACAUUAUUACGUGCACAUGAGCUAGGCCUGGUGAGACAGUUGUGUGUGUUUUUUGGACACUUGCAGGUCUCUUGGCAACCAUGCAUAAUUUCAGUUAUUAAAUAAUCUCACCGGUUGGAAGAUACAUGCAUGUAUUCAAUAGUUUAAUAAAUUACGAAGUCAAUAAAAUUAAUAUUAAAAAAUCUGGUAUGGAUAUACAAAAAUCAAUUACACGUGGUCAUAAUGAUUCAUAUUCCAAUUUAUAUUCCAAAUUAAAUAUGUAAAAGUCACAUCUUAUUCCAACUAGGUAUGCAUAUUUAGUUAUGAUUACUCUUAUUUAUGCAUAUUUAGUUAUGGUAACUCUUAUUUAGUUAUGGUAACUCUUAUUUAUUACCAUAUUUAGUUAUGGUAACUCUUAUUUAGUUUUGGUAACUCUUAUUUAUUACCAUAUUUAGUUAUGGUAACUCUUACAAUUGCGUGACACGCAUGUCAUGUCGGUGACUUCGUGACUUCAAUAUUUCUUAAAGAUGUAAAUUUUACUUUUUUCACUCAAUUGUUUUGUAUAUUUCCCAUAAAUAGUAAAACACAAAAGAAAAGAAAUAAUUAUGGAAAAUAUAUAAUUCUCACGUGAAUUUGACCUAUUAUGCUACAUAUAGUAACUAUUACAAUUGCGUGUCACGCAUGUCAUGUCGGUUCGUGACUUCGAUAUUUCUUAGAGAUGUAAAUUUUACUUUUUCACUCAAUUGUUUUGUAUAUUUCCCAUUAAUAGAAAAACACAAAAGGAAAGAAAUAAUUAUGGAAAAUAUAUAAUUCUCACAUGAAUUUGACCUAUUAUGCUAUAUAUAUAUAUAUAUAUAUAUAUGAUAGACAACUUUAAAAUUCACUACCCAUAUUAAAAUUGCCCUCAAGUUUUACAAAGUUUAUUGCAAUGUCGAUUAUAUCUAAGAAAAACAAUUCCUUUGUUCUUGUGAAAAACAUUGAUUCCGCUGAUGAAACACAAAAAAUCAAAGUGAAGGUUCUGGUCCUCUGGAAGACCUACAAGAGUUCUGGAAACACUCAUGAGAUGGUGUUGAUUGAUGAAGAGGCUUGUGGAACAAGGAUUCAUGCUCAAGUUGAAGAAGACUUGAUGAAGAAACACCUAACUGUUCUGAAAGAAGGUGAAGCUGUGAGCAUCAAUACUUUCCAGUUGAAGGACUAUCUUGGGGAAUUUAGGACCAAUCCUUAUCCUUAUAAGAUUACAUUCUUCAGAACAACUAAGGUGAAAGCAGCUGAUGAUUUUCUCGAGUAUUAUCCCGAAAAAUACUUUUCAGACUUUGAAAAUAUAUUAUCCGGAAAGCUAGACAAAAACGUUUUGGUUGAUGUGAUUGGUCAAAUUGUCAAUAUUGGACCAAUGGAGCAGAUAAAAACAAAGGGGAAGGAUAACUCAAAGCUUGACAUUAUUCUACGAGAUACAAUGAAUGUUCAUUUGACAUGUACUUUGUGGAGUGACUUUGCGAAGAAAGUGAUGGACUAUACUAAAGAGAACAAUACCACUAUUGUUAUCUGUGUGAUUAAGUUUGCAUGCAUCAAGGAGUACAAAGGUAAUAUCUCCAUAUCAAAUGCGUUCAACUCAACGCAAAUCUUUCUCAAUCCAGAAACUGCCGAAGUGAAAACGUUUACAGCCAUGUUAUCAGGCGACAAUCAAUUGGUCACACAUAGUGACAGCAAGGUGUCAUUUGGAUCUGCAGUUUCACUUCAUGAUGAGAUGCUGGUGAUAAAUCCGAGGAAAACAAUUUCAGGAAUUCUUGAUUCAAGAUCGGUUGGAACCUGUGUGGUUGUAGCCAAAAUCGAUUCUGUUGAUUUGUCAAAAAAAUGGUACUAUGUUGCAUGCGAACUUUGCAAAAAGAAAGUUCAACCAUAUGGAGAUGAUUCUGAUGAUGAUGAUGAUGGUCUUCAACACAAACCUCGAUACAACUGCCCAAAACAUAAUGACAUCGAAGAUGUUAUCUACAAUUAUUUCUUGAUUCUGCGUGUCUCUGAUGAAUCAGAAGCAAUAACAAAGUUUCUUUUGUUUGACGGAACUGCAAAUAAACUCAUUGCAAGGCCCGCUUUAGAGUUAGUUGAAGAGGCUGCAGAGUCACCUAUUGUGAAGUUUUCUGAUCACGAGUGGGAAGCAGCAGAGGAAUUUUCAAGAACGCCUUCAUCCAGAAGAAGAGAAGAAACUUCGAGUUUGAUGUCAGUUGAGGAUCAGGGUUCUUCAACCAAAAAGCAGAAGAUGAUGCAAGUGAAAGUUGAGCAGCGUAAAAAGAAAUGAUUUAUUUUUGUUUUUUUACCGGUUUUCCGUUAUUUUCUCAUUAGCUUUAUUGAUUUGGUUUUAUAAUAAUUAGGAUCACUUAUGAUCUGCAUCAAUUGUUUCGUGGUAGCAUCUACUUCUUAUAUUCAGCUUAUUUUCCUAUUAAUAAAAAUAUGUUUUGUCUUUUUUUGUCACUUAAUUUAACUAUUUAAAUAAAAAAAAGUAAUAUCAGAAACAACAAAAAUGUUACUUAAACUGAUGUAUAAACACAAAAGUACAUUAAGAGAGUUAACAACAAACUGCCAUGCAAUGUACGUAAUUUUUGAUCAGAAUACUUUUUUGGAGAUAAUGGAAGGGAAAGACGCAGGAGUAGCGUAUAUAUUGGGAAAGUCUUACGCAAAGGCGAAGCAAUCUUCUUCCGUGUUGAAGAAGUUAGCGGUGAAUGUUAUGUUUGCGUUUAUGAACACGAAUUUUAGAGGAACAGAUGUUGUGGUUAAUCUUCCUCAUACUUCUCUGCUUCAAGUUGGGAUGGUUUAUUACGUCUGAAAGAGAGAGAGAAAGAUGUUUAGGAUAGUACUGUCCUGAAAUAAGCCUCCAUCAUGAAAAAAAAAAUUAUAUGUACGAUUUGAUUUUUAAUAAGAAUUUAUAAUUUUGCAAAAAAAAAAGGAAUACAAUCUAUGACAUUAAAAGUAAAUAUAUUUUUGCCUAUAUUUCACGAUUUUUCUAAACAAUAAAAUAGAAAGGUUUGUCUAUAUCCUAAAAAAAAAAUUACAACUCACAUAGAAACCGCAGAGACUUGCAAUUAAAAAGCUCUAAACAAUAAUUAGAUCUUCCGAAGCUCUAAUUGACUUGCGUAUAUCUGUUGACCCAUAAACAAUAAGGUCAAAACACAAAUACAAUGAAGCGUUCAAGCACAGAAUCAAACAAGCAAAACAGAAAACAUGGACCCCCAUAUCAAAAGCGUAAGUGAUAAUCUAUAUACUCUACAAAAAUAUGCAAUAAGUGCUUACUUCAGCUAUGUUCAUAG